UGGUACUCUUUUUAUUUUGAGUUAAACGUUUUAAUAUGCCACUAUAAUGCUUUAAAAAGGCAAUGAAAAUAUAAUUGAAUCUAAGUAGUGAGUAAAAAGGUGUCUCAAAAGCACCACGAAAGGAGGAGGUAGACUUUGAAUGGAACGCGUUCCCGCGAGGUUUCGUUUAGUUUAGUUGAGUAAAUGCCACGUCUUAUUCUCAGCCACCAGCAUCAUCAACGUAGGCAGAAAUAUUGGUAGUUCUGAGCUCAGGACAGACGGUUAUCAAGUGGCCGACACUCGGUGAUAUCUGGCACGAUCUGGGUUUUAAUAUGGGCUGUUUACGUCUGCUGGCAUUGACAUUGGCAACAUCUGCAGUACUGUUGUUGGCAUCCCCUUUUGCCACUGCUCACAGCCAUUCCCAUGGUGACCAUGGACAUACCCACGGCCACCAUCACCACCACCACGGCCACUCACACGGCGAGGAUGACCACCAUGGGCACUCCCAUGGCUCUCAGGUGAAGAUGUUCCAUGGAGCAAGCAAGUGGAGCGCUGAGGCCAACCUGCAGGAAGAGGAGCACGAUCACGGCCACGAUCACGGAAACGAUCACGGCCACGAUCACGGACACGGCCACGAUCACGGCCACGAUCACGGACACGAUCACGGACACGAUCACGGACACGAUCACGGACACGGCCACUCUCAUGAUCACGGACACGAUCACGGACAUGGGCACUCUCACGAUCACGGACAUGAUCAUGCUCAUCAUGAGAAUGUUGUUCGAGUACACAAGGAGGGAGGUGGACACGAGCACUCACACGGAGGGGAGAGGACGAAGAGGGAGGCGGGCAAAGAGAAGAGGAACAUGGUGGAGCUCUGGACACAGUGGCGACACCCGUCGUUCAGGAGAAUACUGCAGCGGCUAAAUAGAAGUGACUGCGUGAUGAUGUUGCGGCGGCGUGCUACGCGACCCAUGCGGAGGGUAUACUGGUGCCUUUACAGCUUUGGCACUCCUGUCAAAGCCAUAAUUGCCUGUGAUGGACGUCUCCUCGUGUCAUAUUUGUUUUGCACAGAGCCCCACUCACAUCACGAAGAUGGGGAUCAUGGACACUCGCAUGCAACUGAAGAGUCGCAUGACCACGGCCACUCUCACGGAGCGGCCCACGGUCAUAUGAUGUCUGUGGGUCUUUGGGUUCUCGGUGGGAUCAUCGCUUUCCUAGUGGUGGAAAAAUUUGUGCGUCUGCUGAAGGGAGGACAUGGCCACGGACACUCCCAUGGACACUCUCACGUUGCUGCCAAAGAGAAGGACAGUGAUGGAGAGGAGGAAAAAGAAAAGAAGAAGAAGGAGAAGAAAGAAAGCAAAGAUCAGAAACCAUCAAAGAAAGAGGAGAAAAAGAGUACAGAUAUCAAGGUGUCUGGUUACCUAAACCUGGCAGCUGACUUCACACAUAAUUUCACUGAUGGUUUGGCAAUUGGAGCUUCAUUCCUGGUUGGUCCAGCUGUGGGCACCGUCACCACCAUCACCAUCCUGCUUCAUGAGGUCCCACAUGAGAUCGGAGACUUUGCCAUCCUCGUCCAGUCUGGCUGCACCAAGAGGAAGGCCAUGUGUCUACAGCUGCUGACCGCUCUGGGAGCUCUGGCUGGGACAGCUUGCUCGCUGUUGGCUGAAGGUGUGGGUGCCGCUGCUACCGCCUGGAUCCUGCCCUUCACGGCUGGCGGGUUCGUUUACAUCGCCACAGUGACGGUGCUCCCAGAGCUGCUGGCGGGCCGCUCCAGUUUCGGCCAGUCUCUAAUGGAAAUUCUUGCCCUGCUGUUCGGAGUUGGCAUGAUGGUGCUGAUCGCGGAGUACGAGUGAGGCGCUGCAGAGCGCACAGACUUCUUACAGCACAGGGGAUGGAGAGACAGAGAGAAGAGGUCAAACGGUUAAAAAAGCCUUUUCACGUUGAGAUCAUGUGGAUUAUUUUUGUCAAAGCUGUGUUUCCUUGUUUGUUUCUUUUUUUUUUAAUAUAAAUUGAGUUGUAUUUUGGCACAAACGCCACUACUUGAUGGAAAGUGGAAAAACUGAUGUUUUUGUUGUGUAGUGUCUGUUUUUCUUAGCAGUUCAUGCGCACAUCCCUGAUUUGUAUAACCACUUUGUGGUUUUUGAGAGGAGUAGUGUUAACUUCUUGAUUGUUAACACUGCUCCACUAAAGAAACUGACAGCUGGAAGAAAUAACAUGAGUGGAAGGAUUUUUGGGAAAGGGAAGGACGUGGACUCUUUCUGUACAACGGCUCAGUAUCAACUUAACAUCUUUACUACAUCGACCAUCCGGCCGCCAUCUAACUACAUGCUGAGCUGACAAGUAACUUCCCUCUGAGUCAGAAACAUUUUCCAUCUGAAUCCAUAUCAGUUUAAGAUGUAACAGGUCUUCUGUUCAUUUCAAGGUUUGGUGAGUGAAAGAGUGGAGACAGUGCUGGUGUUGCUCUCACUGAAGUGACUCAGUGCUCUGUUCUACUUGAUUAAUAUCUGUUUAGUUUGAAUGUACCAAAUCUCAAUAUUUUUACAUUCCACACAAUAAAAGUGAAUGUGGCUUUUACGCAUGUGCUACAAAUGGCAACAUAAUUACUAAUUAUUAAACUCUCACCUGGUUGUUUGUUAAAGUAGAAGCAGUUUUCACAUUCCUAACCAAACUAUUUUUUUCAGCUGAUGACAAAGAAUAAAUAAAACACUUGCAGCUGUUCUGAAAUCCUCAAUAAAGGGUAAUUAUUUUCAAA